AUGGCAGCACGAAUCAAGCACUCUAAUCUCGCAAGGCUUUGCGGACGUCCGGCCUUCGCUAGACAAACCAACAUUCUUGGAGGCGUACGAGCAUUCUCGGGUACACGUGUAUCUAGCCACGCAACCGAGACAACACCAACCCAUGCAUUCUCAAAUGGUCAGAAUCUUGGAAGCAUUUCAUUGAAGAAAAACGGCAUUCAUCUGGAAAACAAGUUGCGCAUUACGCCUUUCGCAGACCUCGAAGUCAAGGAACGUCCAGCUAGCGAGUCUCUGCGCUGGGACGGAGACAGGCUAUAUUUUGAGAAUGCAGACGGCGAAGAUCGUACCUACGUAUCCAACCUAUGGCUGAGAGAUCAGUGUCCGUGUCAUGAGUGUGUCCAUCCUGAAACCCGCCAGAGACAGCUUGACACGUUUUCAAUCGAUCCUAGCAUCAAACCUACUAAGCUCAACAUCCAGACCAAGGAGAAACAAACGAUACAGAUCGAGUGGCAAGAUGGACAUCAGAGUGAAUACCCGCUGAAGAUGCUCCGUAAAGGCAGACCUACUCACACCAGUGUUCAAAGAAGAGGACUCGUUGAGCAGGUCAUGUUUGACAAAACGAUCGCGGACAAGCCACCAAUAGUCGACUACAAGAGCAUCAUGGAAGCAGAUGGCGUUGCUGAGUGGACUCGUCAGAUUAAUGUGUAUGGACUGUCAUUCGUCAAGGACUGCCCGAUCGACCCUGAGGCGACUGAAAAGCUGCUAGAGAAGAUCGGACCAAUUCGUGAAACUCAUUAUGGUGGUUUCUACGACUUCACAUCGAACAUGGCAAGUAAAGAUACCGCUUAUACAUCGUUGGCACUCGAGGCGCAUACCGACACGACAUACUUUACCGAGCCAGCCGGACUCCAAAUGUUCCACAUGCUCUCUCACACUGAUGGAUCUGGAGGCGAGUCUUUGCUAGUGGAUGGAUUUGCAGCAGCAAGACAGCUUUAUGCCCAAGAUAAAGAAGCGUACAGAAUCCUCAGCACGGUGGGUAUCUGGGCACACGCGAGUGGCAACGAGGAUGUCAGUAUCCAGCCUCAUGUAUGCGUCCCUGUGCUUUCUCACGAUCCUGUCUUGGGUCACCUGGUCCAAGUGAGAUGGAACAACUCAGACCGAGCUGCGAUCGAAGCGCCUAGCGACAUGAUAGACAAGUGGUAUGACGCUGCCAGAAAAUUCAAUGCCAUUUUGAACGACCCACAGAACCAGUAUUGGACACAACUUGAGCCAGGCAUGCCAUUGAUCUUUGACAACUGGCGAGUGUUGCAUGGACGAGGCGUGUUUACAGGCAAGAGACGAAUGGCCGGAGGUUACAUCAACCGUGAUGACUUCAUUUCCAAGUACAAGUUGACGAACUCGAGCAGAGAUGAAGUACUUGAGGCCACCGUGACAGGAUAA